CAUUUUGCAAAUCGCCUCAGUCGCAUUCAAACGAAAAUGCAUUCAUCAACUAAAUUCUUCAUUCUUCUGAGCAUCGUCUGCUUCCAACCUGCUGCAUUUUUAGAUGAGUGCAGUUUGAGCGAUUUUGAGUUUAAGAUCCGCCAAGUGUACAUCUCCGUCGAGCAGAUGGUCUCAUCAUCGGAGACAUCGAUUGAAGAUGAAGUUUCGCAGACUAGAAGCAGAUUGAAUGCUGAAGCUGAGAAUCUGAAGAUGGAUAUUAAAACGGGUUCUAGUAAUUGUCGGAGAUGGUACGAGCAUGUUGAGAGUCUGCAGAAGAACAUGAUCAACAUUACGAAUCAGUUCCAAAGCUGCGAACUCAAUCCGGGAUUGAAUACUUUACGAAGAGCAAAGAAUGCAGUUUCUUUGAUGCUGAGGGAUGCGUAUUUUCUUAAGGAUGCGUGCUGGGUGAUCGAUGAUAUGCAUACUAGAUUUCAGGAGGAAGUUACGAAAGGAAAGGACGAGACUUCUGCUUGCAUAGCAAGAGAAGCCAGAGAAAUUGAGAAACAUUUGGGAAGUGUUAGCAGUAACUGGAAAAAGUGCAUCUUCUGAAAAUUAUUUAGUUUUUAUAUUUGUAAAUCAUUGUAGCUUUCUAGUUGAUUUUCCAGAAAUUAAAGACAUUGCUGUGUUUUAA